CAAUGGAGGGAAAAGGAAUAGUAGCCGUUUAGCAAACCAAACACGCUGUCAAAGAAAAAGAGAAACAAAGGCUUCAGCUCCAGGGCUUGAGGCUCCAAAUGGCCACCGCCAAAGAACAAGAGGUACCGCUGGUCCUAGUGCGCGGCCCACCCAACUUCCAUUUUCCAUUUAGACACAGUCACCAAGCCCACUUCCAUCUCCUCGACCCGCUCGACUCGGUACGUCCCGAGUGGACUCACUUCUUCAUCUCCCGCUAUGCAGCUUCUGUACGGGCCCUCCUCUUCUGGGACCCCACUCCCAUCUCCCGUGAUCUCCUCCGUCCUCCUUUCCCUCCAGUUCUCGUCUGCUCCAGCGCCGGAGUCGAUCACGUUGACCUACAAGAGUAUCGCCGCCGGAGCAUCGCCGUCAGCAACGUCGGGAAGGCCUUUUCCUCCGACGUCGCUGACUUGGCUGUAGGCCUCCUUAUCGAUGUUCUCCGUAGGGUCUCCGCCGGAGACCGGCACGUUCGGUCUGAUUUGCGGGCUCGGAAUGGGGAAUUCCCGCUUGGAUUCAAGUUAGGAGGAAAGCGAGUUGGAAUAGUGGGCUUGGGAAGCAUUGGUGCUGAAAUUGUGAAAAGGCUUGAGUCAUUUGGCUGUGCUAUUUCUUACAACUCAAGGAGGAAAAAGCCAUCUGUUCCGUUCCCAUGGUAUAAAAAUGUCCAUGACCUUGCAAUUAACAGUGAUAUUCUGAUUGUUUGUUGUGCACUGGCAGAAGAAACUCAUUACAUAAUUAACAAGGAUGUCAUGACUGCCCUGGGAAAGGAAGGAGUGAUAAUAAAUGUAGGGCGUGGGGCUCUUAUUGAUGAGGUGGAAUUGGUGCAGCUUCUGGUGAGAGGUGAGCUGGGUGGUGCAGGUCUUGAUGUGUUUGAGAAUGAGCCUGAUGUUCCGGGAGAGCUAUUUUCCUUGAAUAAUUUUGUCCUGUUUCCACAUUGUGCUGUUGCAACUCCAGAAUGCUUUGAUGCCCUGGAGGAGUUGAUCACAACUGACCUGAAAUUCUUUAAGAGCAAACCUCUGCAGUCAUUGGUUGAAUUUGAAUGAAUGGACAAUUCGUUUAUUUCUAGUUAUGAUUUUUAGGCAGCUAAACCAAGAAAGUCUCUAUAGUAGAGAUCAUCAAGUUGACACAUCAAUAUGUUUUGGAACGAUACCAAGUCCAAGGUAUCACAGUCUCUGCAGCAUCUCGGAAUGGCAGCGCUGUGAACUUAUAUGAUAAGGGAUUAUAAUGAUUAAGCUGGAAAGCUAUCCCAACCACUAGUAGUAUACAUUAAAUAAGGAAAAAAUUGUUAGAAAGUUCAUUUUCUACUUUCAGAAAUCAAGUUGCUUGCAAUUAAGGGUUGAUGCAACCUUAGAACAUUGUUUCUAGCAGUCCUUUAAGGCUUUAACAUGAAAGUGAUGUAUGGAUUACAGAUUAGAAUUGCUGAGUUUGGAGAUCUGGGGUGGAUAAGGUUUCUUAUAACGUGGAGUUUGGUAUUUUGAUGAUUAUUGGUUGCUUGAGAAUUACUAUCCUUAUGGA